CAAUCCACAAAACCCUAGACGCGAACUCUGCGUGAGAGGAGGAGGAGCAGCGGCGGCGAAGAUGGUGAAGUUUCUGAAACCAAACAAGGCAGUGGUGGUCCUCAACGGCCGUUUCGCCGGCCGUAAGGCCGUCAUCGUGAGGCAAUUCGACGACGGAACUCGCGACCGUCCCUACGGCCACUGCCUGGUUGCCGGAAUCUCCAAGUAUCCGAAGAAGGUGAUCCGAAAGGACUCAGCGAAGAAGACAGCUAAGAAGUCGCGCGUGAAGGCGUUCAUCAAGCUUGUGAACUACAACCACAUCAUGCCGACAAGGUACACGCUCGAUGUGGAUCUGAAAGAUGUUGUUACGGUUGAUGUGCUUCAGUCGCGUGAUAAGAAGGUGACCGCUUGUAAGGAGACUAAAGCUAGGUUUGAGGAAAGGUUUAAGACUGGCAAGAACCGGUGGUUCUUCUCGAAGCUUCGAUUCUGAGGGAGAGAUAAGUUUUAUGUUUUGAUUCAAAUCCUCUGUUAUUUUGACUUUUAAUGUUAUCAAUGAUGAUUUUCGACUGUUAUUGUUCUCAAUGCACUUUUGGUUUUAAUAUAUAUUUUCAAUUUGAAUUUGCAA